AUGGAAAGUUCAGAGUCUGCAAGCUCGGCCUCUGCGCUAGAAUGUCGAGAGAACUGUGUGUUCUGCCAGUCUAAUGGCGAGUCCGGUGCAGCAGCUAGUCAGUUGAAAAUACUCAAGUGUCUUCACGUAUCGUGCAAAUCCUGUGCAGAGCAGUUUCUGCGCUACGACAACACUAUUCGCUGUGCUCGAUGUCAAAUAGUUACACCAGACCCUGGUCCAGGUCGCAAACUCACAGCCUACCUCCCUAACUGGCCAACUCCGCGCUCAACCGCUCAUGACGACAACCAUGAUGAUGGAGAUGAGUCUGAACCUUGUGACUUGCAACCAAGCGAUCACGAUCGGUCUACACAGCUAUGCCAGGAUUCAGAUUGUGCUGGUUUUGAUGAGCCGGCCAACACGCGUUGUUUGACGUGUGAUCUUUCACUGUGUCGCCAGCACGCAGUGCUUCAUGUCCGAAGUAGAAAGCGUGCAAAUCACAGUAUGGCUGAUGUUCCCGCGUCCAAGAGAAAAAUGGAGCUUUCUGGGGACAUCGACCCCUGUCCGCUGCACAAUCAACACUUGCGAUCCUACUGUAAGUCAUGCAAUGUGUUGAUGUGUGAUAGAUGCCACACCAGCAAACAACACACUGCACACAGCAGUCACGAUGUGUUGGAGGUCAGUGUUGCUGCCAAAGAGCUAAGGGAGUUUCAGGAGCGACAUCAUCUUAGGGAAAUCCCCAACUUGCAGAAUGUUGUUGCUGCUGUGGAAGCUCGGAUUAAGGCAAUCAAUGCAGAAGUUGAAGCGAAAUCCGCUGAGAUCGCUGCUGAUGUAGCUAUGGCUGUAAAAAUCAUCGAGGAGAGAGGCAAGGAGAAACGGUGCGAGUUAGACCAGGCACGGUGGAAUGUUCUCAAGAAACUGGAGGGCAUCAGGAAUAACACCCAGGAAGAGCUUCGAAAGCGCAACAACUUAUUGUUUCUGACAAAACAUGUAAGUGACACCGCUGCCUUGCACGUUUUGCCACAUCAUGACUGUGCGACUAGCCUGAGCCUGAAGAGCAGUGAUAAGCCGGACACUGCGGUUGAGGAGCAAAGCCAGGGGACAUCACACGUUCCUCAACAUGUCGAUCCAGACAAUUAUAAGCUAGUGUUUCAGUUUGCACCAAUGGCUAACGAUGCAAGGGUUCUAACGUGGUUUUCAAAAUGGAGAGAAAACAGAACAAGUGAUGCUAGUCUGCGCACAUUCAUUAGUUCUGUUGGUCACACCUUUGACGUUAACGCGAAGUCCAAAGGCAUCAUUUUGUCUCGGCAAUCUAGUAAAGCUACACUAGCAGCAGGCUUUCCUAGGGGAGACUACGACUGGCACACCGUCUGCAGCAUCCCGCCACCGGUAACAUUUCGUGUGCAGGUCAGCGAAGGAGACUCUUACAUUGGCUUUGUUAGCCAAGAAACUCCAGUAGCGAAAAACGACAUGUGGCCACAUGGAAAUCAGUUCCCCGGAUGGGUAUCGAGUCAGGAAGAUGUUCUUCAAACGGCUGGCAAUGCACUAGGCGUGCCGUGGUUGGAGGACGACGUAAUUUCUCUAACACUAGACACAGUGGCGCACACAGCAACUGCUCUCCAUGAGCGCACUGGAGCAGCGGACACAAUCAGUAUCGACAAAAGUCUCUUCCCAGUUUAUUUCCGGGCUGAGCUUGGUAACGCAUCUAUUCGCCUACUUCCUUUGUUCAUCUAA